AUGGCCAAGCCUUUGAUUGUUCCUGCUCUGAAGCGACACACGGCUACCGUCAUCGUGGCCCAUGGCCUUGGUGAUAGCGGCGCUGGCUGGAUAUUCCUCGCGGAGAACUGGCGACGACGCAGCAAGUUUGAGGAAGUCCAGUUCAUCUUCCCAAGUGCUCCAAGCAUUCCAAUCACCCUGAACAUGGGCAUGCGCAUGCCAGGAUGGUAUGACAUCAAGUCCCUGAGCACCCUUGACGACCGCGAGGAAGACGAGGCAGGCAUCAUCAAGUCACGCGACUACUUCCACUCCCUCAUCGACCAGGAGAUCGAAAAGGGCAUACCCGCGAACCGCAUCGUCAUUGGAGGCUUCUCGCAAGGAGGUGCCAUGUCGCUGCUGUCUGGCGUCACAUACAAGAACCAGCUGGGUGGCAUCUUCGGUCUGAGCUGCUACUUGCUGCUCCAGAAGAAGAUCAAGGACAUGAUCCCCACCGACAACCCGAACCAGAACACGCCCAUCUUCAUGGGCCACGGCGAUGCGGAUCAAGUGGUGGCACACAAGUGGGGAAAGAAGAGCGCCGACGUGCUCACAGAGCACGGCUACAAGGUCGACUUUAGGACCUACAAGGGUCUCGUACACUCCGCCGACGACAGCGAGAUCGAUCAUCUCGAGGCCUACCUCAACCAGCAGAUUCCUCCGCUUGGAGACGUCAAGACUGAGCCAACACUUUGACUUUCUCGCGAUCUUACUGCCCUCACGACGAACGAAAUUACGACAGCAUUGGUGGUACUUGUUAGCUUGGCUGUCGCAUUGUAUGCCUGGUUGAAGCGACGAAGUGUUGGUGCAGACAAAGGCGAGACACCAUCUACUUGAGCUAGCAUUGCGGUAGCUGUUCUCGUUUGUCUACAUACCCAAGCAUAUAAGAUUCAGCCAAAUAUACCAUGUCUACAAGAUUGGACUUGAAAGGAUGAAAA